AUGGAACACGGGGGAAUGACGAUGGCGACGACAACGACGGCAGCUGCCGGCACCGCGGCUACAGGGGCCGCCCAAAGCAUGGGCGGUAUGGGUGGCAUGGGAGGAGGGAACGGUUGCAAAAUUUCUAUGCUCUGGAAUUGGAACACCAUCGAUUCAUGUUUCCUUGCCUCAUCGUGGAAGAUCACGUCCAACGCCGUCUUUGCCGGCUCCUGCAUUGGUGUUGUCCUUCUCGUCAUCGUCCUCGAGAUGCUGCGCCGUGGCGUCAAGGAGUACGACCGCUUCUUGAUCAAGAAGCAUGCCGCAUCUCUCCUCGUCACCUCUGCGGCCUCCAAAAUUAUCUCCGAGGAGGGCACUCCUGCUCGCAAUUGCGCCCCGGCUGUCAGCAAGGGCUACCGGCCUAGCAUUUUUGAACAGGCUAUUCGAGCACUCUUGCAUAUGUUGCAGUUUGCUGUUGCUUACUUCGUCAUGCUGCUCGCCAUGUACUACAAUGGUUACAUCAUUAUUUGCAUCUUCAUCGGCGCGUAUCUUGGGAGUUUCAUCUUCCACUGGGAGCCUUUGGGAGGUGUACAGCAAACAAGUGCGUCUCAAGAGGCCACCGUUUGCUGCGGCUAA